AUGAAGCUCGUUUCAAUUGCUGCGCUUCUACUGAGCGCUGUGCCUGUUGCCGUGAAUGCGGCUGCCGUGGGCGGAACCCCCAAUGGAGCCAAGAUCAUUCCAAUCUCUGAUGCAGCUGGCUUGAGAAGUGUGGGAGCGCAUUCUUCCAAAUACCCGAACCGCAAGACUGUGACAAUCCGUCCAUCCAAGAACGAUUACGACGAUAUCUCGAGUGAUUUCCUCUGGGGAAUCAAGCAGGCCAACCACGGCGGACGCCUCCUGCUCGAGAAAGGCAAGAAGUAUGUGAUUGGAAAGAAGUUGGAUCUGACAUUCUUGGACAAUAUUGAAGUGCAGCUGGAGGGUGAACUGAAGUUCACGAACAACAUCACCUACUGGCAAGCCAACAACUACUACUAUGACUUCCAAAAGUCAAUCACAUUCUGGCGCUGGGGUGGAAACGAUAUCAAGAUCUUCGGCAGUGGUACGUUGAACGGCAACGGACAGGCUUGGUACAAUGCGUUUGCUGGACUUGAGAUCUUGGACUCCUCCAACACCUUCUACCGGCCGAUUCUGUUCCUGACUGACAACGCGACACGUAUAUCUGUGGAGGGUAUCACACAGUUGAACUCGCCGUGCUGGACCAACUUUUUCGUCAACACCAAGGACAUCUCCUUUGAUGAUGUGUAUAUCCAUGCUUAUUCGACCAACGCUUCGGCUCUUCCGAAAAACACCGACGGAUUUGAUUCGUACAACGUCGAUGGCCUGACGGUCACCAACACCCGCGUCGAUAUUGGUGAUGAUUGCUUCUCGCCCAAACCCAACACCACCAACAUCUUUGUCCAGAACCUGUGGUGCAACAAUACGCAUGGUGUGAGUAUGGGCAGUAUUGGACAAUAUCAAGGAGAACUGGACAUCAUUGAAAACGCCUGGAUCGAGAACGUGACGCUGCUGAACGGCCAGAACGGCGCUCGACUCAAGGCCUGGGCUGGACCGGAUGUGGGAUACGGUCGCAUCAACAACAUUACCUACAAGAACAUCCAGAUUCAGAACACCGACAACCCAGUAGUGUUGGACCAGUGCUACUUCGACAUCAAUGCCACCGAGUGCGCCCAAUACCCGUCUGCUGUCAAUAUCACGAACAUCCUUUUUGAGAACAUCUGGGGUACCUCCUCGGGUAAAGAAGGUCUAGUGGUUGCCGAUCUAACGUGCUCGCCUGCUGCUGUCUGCACGAAUGUCACCCUGCAGGAUGUCUCGCUGACGAGUCCGGCGGGCAGCCCGGCGGAGAUUAUCUGCUCCGGCAUCACGGGGGGCAUUGGGGUGGAUUGUGGCAGUGGAAAGACCACUCUCCUCGAGCAUAUCCUCCAGUCGCCUGACCAUGGCCUUCGCAUUGCUGUCAUCGUCAAUGACAUGAGCAGGCAAAUCCGAUCCAGCCUCAACAUCGACGCCACACUCAUCAAACACCACACCGUCUCCCACACCAAAGAGUCCCUGAUCCAGCUCCAAAAUGGCUGCAUCUGCUGCACGCUCCGGGGCGAUCUUCUCUCCGAGCUCGCUCGUCUGACUACCCAGAAAGAAGUCGAGUACGUGGUGAUCGAAAGCACGGGCAUUAGCGAGCCCAUGCAAGUUGCCGAGACAUUCACAGCCGAGUUCAGCGCGGCGAUGGUCCAAGCCGAAGCCGAAGGAGGUGUAUUAGACGAAGAAGGCAAGAAGAUUUUGGAUCAGAUCAACACCCUCGGCGGCCUCCACCAACUCUCCACCCUCGACACGACAGUAACAGUCAUCGACGCCUUCAACCUCCUCUCGAACCUCGACACGACCGACUUCCUGUCCGACCGCUACGGAGCGGACACGAUCAUCCCCGAGGACGAACGCACCAUCUCCGACCUGAUGGUCGACCAGAUCGAGUUCGCGGACGUCAUCCUCAUCAACAAGAUGGACAUGCUGGCGGCGCGGCCGCACGACCGCGACCGGAUCCUGCGGCUCGUGACGACGCUGAACCCCGCGGCGAAGGUCCUGCAGACGAGCUAUUCCCGCGUCGACGUCAAGGAGAUCCUGGGCACGGGCCGGUUCGACUUCCUCAAGGCCGCGUCCGGGGCCGGGUGGUUGCGCAGUCUGCACGAGAUGAGCAAGCUGAAGAUGGCGAAUGGGGAGGAGAGGUGGGCGCCUACGCCGGAGACUUUGGAGUAUGGAAUCAACAACUUCGUCUACACUGCGCGACGGCCUUUCCAUCCGCGCAGAUUAUACAAUCUGCUUCAUGACAAGUUCAUCAUCCUACAGAAUGCAGCUGAUGAUGCUGGUGCUGAUGAUGAAGAAGUGGAGGAGGAGGAGGAGGAGGAAGACGCUGCCGCCGAGUCCGACACGGAAAUGCACUCCGAUUCUGAAGAAGAGGAGGAAGAGGACGAAGAAGACCCAGCUCAGCCCAGCCCCCAAGAAAUUCUGGCCAACAAACGCGCACACCCCCUCCUCCAACCCCUCCUCCGUUCCAAGGGCUUCUUCUGGCUCGCCACUCGACCCUACCAGUUCGGCGAAUGGAGCCAGGCCGGCGCCAUGCUGACGUUGAACUGCGGGGGCCCGUGGUUCGCCGAGGUCCCGGGCGAGGCGUGGCCCGAGGACGGGGACGUGCGCAAGUCCAUCGAGGAGGACUUCCAGGGCGAGUGGGGCGAUCGGCGGCAGGAAAUCGUGUUCAUCGGGGAAGGGGUGGAUGUGGACGGUGUGACGGGCCUGCUGGAUGAGUGUCUGUUGAACGCUAAAGAGAUGAAGCGGUGGGAGGAGGUGAUGAAAGAUCGCAAGAUGGAGAAGGGCGAGAAGCAGGAGGUGAUGGCAGGGAUCUGGGAGGACGGGUGGGAAGACUGGCCUGCUGUUGAUGAGGGGGAUGAAGACGAUGAAGACGAUAGAAAUGACGAGGUCGAGGGAAAGACCGAGGAGGGGAAGAAGAAAAGGAAGAUCAGCGAGUUUAUGCAUGGGGGUCAUGCUGCGCACCACGGGUACUCGCAUAAACAUAAGUAA